UGCAGUAGAAAGUUUCCAUAAGAGAUGUAAACAACAAGCACGUUACUACUCUGACAGCAGGCAAUGUCUGAGAGAAUAGUGAUGUAAACAUAGGGUAAUACUAAGUCUGUCAUUGAGUCCUGUUGCAGUAUUUAUGAAACAUGCCGUCGUCUCUGAAAAUUGACCAGUGUGCCAAUGGUAUCGACGAUAUAGAGGACAUCGUGUCUGAUGCACAGUCUCUCCUCGAUCAAAGAAGUUCAAAUAAACCCCAUGUUGUUCCACGACCAAGAGGAGCAAGGGUGAAAAAAGUUGGCAAAGUCUCUGGAGACACUGAAACAAAUUCCACCGAAUCGGAUCAUCGAGACAGCUAUGUGCCAGGUACUCAAAAAAUCUUCGUCCGUACGUGGGGCUGUUCCCACAACAAUUCUGACAGUGAAUAUAUGGCUGGACAGUUGGCUGCGUAUGGCUACAAGAUAACAGAGGAUAAAGAGAAUGCUGAUUUGUGGCUGUUGAACAGUUGCACUGUCAAAAACCCAGCAGAGGAUCAUUUCAGGAAUCACAUAAAAGAUGCGACAUCGAAAGGAAAGUCGAUUGUACUUGCAGGAUGUGUUCCCCAAGGACAGCAAAAAGCUGAUUAUAUUCAGGGUCUCAGUGUGAUAGGAGUUCAACAGAUUGACAGAGUGGUUGAAGUUGUGGAAGAAACUCUGAAAGGGAACUCUGUGCGCUUGUUUAGUCAGAAGAAAUCGUCAGGCAAGAAACAAGGUGGAGCAUCGUUGAGCCUACCAAAGAUCCGGAAGAAUCCAUUGAUUGAAAUAAUUGCAAUUAAUACUGGAUGCCUGAACCAGUGUACUUAUUGCAAGACGAAACAUGCGCGGGGUGACCUAGGCAGCUACCCACCAGAGGACAUUGUGGAGAGGGCCAGGCAGUCUUUUUCAGAGGGAGUGGUAGAACUGUGGCUGACCUCAGAAGACCUGGGGGCCUAUGGCCAUGACAUUGGUGUCACCCUUCCCGAGUUGCUAUGGCGACUUGUGGAGGUCAUUCCAGACGGGGCCAUGAUGCGGCUGGGGAUGACAAACCCUCCUUAUAUUCUGGAGCACCUUGAGGAAAUGGCCAAGAUUCUGUGCCACCCCCGAGUGUACUCGUUCCUUCACGUCCCCGUCCAGUCAGCGUCGGACAGUGUUCUCAUGGACAUGAGGCGAGAGUACUGCGUGGACGACUUCAAGCACGUGGUAGAUUUCCUUAGGGAAAAAGUCCCUGGUGUCAAUGUGGCAACUGACCUCAUCUGUGGAUUCCCAACAGAAACUGAUGAGGACUUUGCAGAAACUAUGGCUCUGGUCAAGCAAUACAAGUUUGCAAGUCUAUUUAUUAACCAGUUCUUUCCAAGGCCCGGGACGCCAGCCUAUAACAUGCAGAGAAUUCCUGCUCAGGAGGUCAAGAAGAGGACUAAGGCAGUCUCUGAACUGUUCCAGUCAUAUCACCCGUACACACAUCAACUGCAUGAAAUUCAAAACGUGCUGGUGACUGAGAUAUCACAUGACCGGCAGUAUUACGUUGGACACAACAAGAGCUACGAUCAGGUGCUUGUGCCAAUGCAAGAGGACCUGAUGGGCAAGCAAGUGAGAGUUGAGAUUGUGGAGACCGGGAAGCAUUACAUGAAGGGGAAACUACUGGGGGACCACAAGGCAGAGCAACCCGAUGUGCCGCUGCCCAAGAAGAAAGGGGAGGUUACUGGAGUAAUGACCGUGUCAUCUACUACACAGAGAGACGGGCUGGAGAUUCCUUGGUUCUGGCUAGGAGUGUCUUGCCUGGGCGUUGCCAUUGUUUGGAGAGUAUACCACAGGUUCAGCAGAUGAUCCUUCUUGUUGUAGUAUUUCUUGUUGUCAAGAGAGUGGCGGAUUGUUGGUCUGUUGGAGCACUCCAGGGAUGUAAACUGAUUCUUACUCAAAAGCAACUUUAUUUGACCCUUGAGUAAGGGGGCUCUCAUGGCCUAGAGGUUAAGGUGUUGGCCUCUCAUUCAAAGGUCCCGGGUUCGAAUCCGGGUAGCAG